UCCAAGCAGGUGCUGUAAACACGUAUAGAGCCCUGGGUGGGAGCGCUGCAAAAGAGGGAAACACUAAACAGAUGUUCUUGAUAUCCGUAUUUCCAUUUUUUGCUUGCAGUUUUUGGCACUGUGACCAUGGGCCAGCUAUUUCAACCUGGGGUGCUGCUCCUUGUGAUCCUCGCAACAAGAGAGACCUUUGAACAGAGAAUCAUUGGGGGCCAAGUGGUUGAGCCAUAUUCCAUCAAGUACCAGGCGUCCAUCCAGUACAAUAAUCAACAUUAUUGUGGUGGAACCCUCAUCAGUACUCAGUGGGUUUUAUCUGCUGCCCACUGCUGGAGACCGAACUAUUUGAUCAAAGUGGUUUUGAGCGAGCACAGCUUCUCUAGGAACGAGGGGUUUGAGCAGGAGUUCCUGGUGUCCAAGAUCUUUGUCAAAACGGGCUACAACUACAGGACCUUCGAUAAUGACAUCAUGCUCCUCAAACUCAGCCACCCAGCCAUACUCAAUGUCAACAUCCAGCCGGCCCUCCUGCCCAACUCCUCCAGCCCCGAGCUGCCGGCGGGGACCACCUGCACGGUCAGCGGCUGGGGGGUGACCCAGAUCUACAGCUACUACCUGUCCCCGGAGCUGCGGGCCGUGGACGUGCAGGUCAUAGACCACUGCUGGUACUACUACUACUGGAGGAUCACCGACAACAUGCUGUGCGCCGGCUCCCCCUUCGGGGGCAAAGACUCCUGUCAGGGCGACUCUGGGGGUCCUCUUAUCUGCAAAGGCUAUUUGGAGGGCAUCGUCUCGUGGGGGAUCAGCUGUGCCAACCCCUACUUCCCGGGCGUGUACACCAAAGUGAGAAACUACGUCGACUGGAUCGAGGGGGUCAUGAAAGCCUACUGAAACCGCACCGGCAAGACAAAGCUUUUCACGACACAAAAAUGGCACUUGUAAAGAGAACAGAAUGCCAAAUUUCUACUCCACUGACAUCAGCCAGGCGUAUGCUAAAUAAUGUAUUGCAGAACAUUAGGGAUUUAGGUACAUGUUGUCCAAUAGCAAUGCAGUGAGUUGGUGAGGGCUACGGAGGAGGUCGCAGGUCCAAAUCCAGAUAUUAAAGUAGCUAGCAGUAGCCCAUUGGGUGCUCUGGUUCCACCCCAGUGUAUUAAAAAAUAUUCACAAACAUAAGGAAUUAUACUUGAUAAUUAAAUAUUCACACACAAAUAAUUA